AUGGAUUCCCCAGAUCCUGGGCAAAUUCCAUUUGCCUUAUCUGCCACAAAUAGAACUGAAGUUGCAGCUGGUGCCACAGCCUCAAGCAAUGCAUGUCAGCAUUGUCAUCGUCUCUAUCAGCAUCAACCAGAACAACAACAACAGCAGCAACAUUGCCACAGUCAGCAUAACAACAAACACCCGGUGCAGCUGCUGUCGUCGUCCAAGGAACAUCAUUGCUCGCAUCUUCACCAUCGACAAUAUAAUCGUCGUCAGCGGCAGCAACAUUGGAUUAAAAAUCUUCAUUUCGCCUGCUUUGUGAUAUGCCUUGUGGUUGCCAUACAUUUGCCCGCGUUUUGUCAUGCCCAACAGCAAAAAUUCCGCGUAACACCUCACGAUUUACAAGUACUAGAGGGUGCGGAAGCUAUGCUACGCUGUGAAGUUUCGAAUUUAGCCGGUGCUGUUCAAUGGACUAAAGACGGAUUUGCUCUUGGGUUUUCGGCGGUAAUACCAGGCUUUCCACGCUACUCGGUGCUGGGCGACCGUAAACAGGGCGUCUACAAUCUCAGGAUAUCGAAUGCCUCAACCUCAGAUGAUGCGGAAUAUCAGUGCCAAGUGGGCCCAGCUCGUUUGAACUCAGCAAUACGAGCAAAUGCUAAACUCAUUGUCAUCUCCCCACCAUCGUCAAUUGAAAUACAGGGAUACGAGAACAAUGCCAAAGUGGAGGUACGAGAAAAUCAGGACCUUACAUUGAAAUGUGUGGUUUCGAAUGCCAAACCAGCUGCACAGAUUGUUUGGUAUCGUGGCAAUGUGGAGUACAAACCAGAAAAUCGCAACGAUAAAGUCGAGGAAACUUCACCGAAACGUUUUACCACCACUUCCAGUCUGAAGUUGAAACCUACUGCCGAUGAUGAUUACACGGAAUAUACAUGCCAAGCAAAGCAUAAGGCCUUGGCGCCAGAUAUGCCAAUGCGAGCCACCGUACAACUGUCCGUUUUAUAUCCUCCUGGUCCUCCAUAUAUCGAAGGCUAUACUCAAGGAGAAACUUUACGAAGAGGUCAACUUGUUGAAUUGAUUUGUCGAAGUAGAGGCGGAAAUCCUGCUGCACAAUUGAUUUGGUACAAAAAUGGUCUACAAACCAAAAUGGCUUACAAAACGAUAGGACGAAUGUCGGAAAAUGUCUACAAAUUUACAGCCGAAGCUAGCGACAACAAGGCUCGUUUUAGGUGUGAAGCGAUUAAUGUUAUGUCGCCGGCACCACUUAAAGCUGAAGUUGAGCUGACUGUUUUGUUUGCGCCAACACAUGUCUCCAUAUCGGGUAACAGCGAAGCACGAGUGGGCGAUGUAGUGCCGCUUACGUGUACCACAGCUCCAUCGAAUCCGCCGGCUGAAAUUAAGUGGACGGUUGGAGGACGUCAAAUUCGUAAUGCAACAUCACGUACUGUGGUCAGUCCCGAAGGUGGAUGGAUUACCAUUUCAAAUAUAACGGCUGUCAUUGAGCCGAAUAAACGUUCGUUGGUUGUCAUCUGUCAUGGCCUCAAUAUGCAGCUUACCGAGAAUGUUGUAUCCACGCAUACAGUUAAUGUUUUAUAUCCACCAUCACCACCCAUAAUAUCUGGUUAUAUGGAAGGUCAAAUUAUUCCAGCUGGCUCGGUGCAAAAACUUCUAUGUGUUUCAUCUGGUGGCAAUCCAUUGGCCACCCUAACCUGGUACAAAAACGACAAAAGGAUAAACUCCGUGAUACGCACUGCCGACAAGUCGGUCUCGGCCGAAAUUACAAUUCUGGCAAACGUAACGGAUAAUCAGGCACAAUAUCGCUGUGAAGCAGCCAAUAGCGCCACAGAGAUACCCCUCUUCGAGUCAACCACACUUAGUGUACACUUUGCUCCAGAAACAGUUAAGAUACGCAUCGAACCGGAAGAAUUGAAACCAGGCAUUGAGGCGACCAUUGUGUGCGAUUCUAGUUCAAGUAAUCCACCUGCAAAGUUAUCUUGGUGGAGGGACGGCAUUGCCAUAAAGGGUAUAAAUAAUACAUCUAAACCCGGUCUGUGGGGUGGCACCGUCUCGACGUUGGAAUUCAAAGUAAACAUCACACAGGAAAUGAACGGCGUAGUGUACACAUGUCAAAGUGCCAACGAAGCACUCCAGCGCAGUGUACAUGAAGCCAUUAGUUUGGAUGUGCUGUAUCGACCCAAAUUUGUGCCACCGCCGUCCUCAACAGCCGUGGGCGUCGAGGGAGAAUCCUUGCUGGUUGCCCUGCAGGCUAAUGCCAAUCCUAUGUCAAUUACGUACACCUGGUCGAAGGAUGGUCAACCGCUGCCCGCCAAUGGUAACGCUGCUGAGUCUCGUAUUUUCGCCGAAGGGCCUAAACUGAAUUUUACCAAAUUGCACCGCAACGAUGCCGGCGUUUAUGUUUGUGAGGCACGCAAUUCGCAGGGUUCAGCGCGUAUCAAUGUCACUGUUGUGGUGGAAUAUGGCACCACUAUCAGAAGUGUGUCGGAGAAUGUCAUAGUAAAUCCCGGAGAAGAUGCAAUGUUGUCGUGUUCGGUGGAGGGCAAACCUCUGACCGAAGAUCACGUUAAGUGGGAGCGUUUGGGUUAUGACAUGACUAUAAAAACGUCGACCACCUUUGCAAAUGGCACCUCGUAUCUGCACAUCAAAGAUGCUCAACGAGAAGAUGUUGGUAAUUUCCGUUGCAUAGCCGAUAAUCGUGUUGCCAAUCCCACAAGUCGCGAUGUACUGCUGAUAGUCAAAUUUGCUCCGGAAAUAGACAAAUCUCCUACACUUAUGAGAGCUGCCAGCGGCACUGGAGAACGUGGGCGUUUGCCAUGUCGUGCUCAAGCCUCGCCGAGGCCGAAAUUCAUUUGGCGCCAAGAUGGAAAAGAUUUGCCACUGAACCGUACCUACAAGUACGAAGUGGAAGAGAAGAAAAUCGAUUCACUGACAUAUGAGUCAAUAUUGAUAAUUGAUAAGGUGGCUCCGGCCGAUUAUGGAGCUUAUGAAUGUGUAGCGAAGAACGAAUUAGGCCAGGACAUUGAACCAGUAAGAUUGGACAUAACUUCGCAACCCGAUACACCGUUAAGCUUAAAUAUCUUGAAUGUUACCCAUGAUUCUGUAACGGUGGCAUGGACGCCGGGCUUCGAUGGUGGUCUAAAGGCGUCGUACAGAGUUCGUUAUCGAGAGGCGAACCGAGAACAAUACAAGUACAUUGAUGGCCUACCUAAUAGUCACAAGCUCACCAUAAACGGACUUCGUAUGAAUACCUUGUAUCUAUUCUCGGUAAUGGCGUAUAAUGAUUUAGGCGAGAGCAAAUACUUGCCUGACCUACAAAAGGCCCACACCAAAGAAGCACCGCCACCAUCGCAGCCAGCUUCUUCAUUAGGCGGUCCACCCACCACCAGUGCCACUCCGCUGGGUGGCACCUCCGGCCUUCUGUUGCUGGUCGGUGUAGCAUCUGGUAUAACAAUUGUGGCUCUGAAUAUCCUCAUCAUAGGUUGUUGCCUGCACAAACGCAAUCAGAAGCGUCUCAAACGAGGUCUCGAAUUGCUACCAGCUGAAUUAACCGAAAAUUCAAAUGCGCCAAAUCUGGUUAUAAUUGGCAUUUCGUUGGCAGCUUUUGGCUUCCUUUUGGUGAAUGCCGCCUUAGUGGGCUGGUUUUUCGUUCAUCAAAGGCGCAAGAAAGAGACUAGCUUCCUUGUUAGCUAUCCCCAUAGCAAUCCAUUGAAUGUAAUGCAAAUCCCAGUGCUUUCAUCUGUACAAAAUGCAUGCGCGA